AUGUCGAAAAGUGAUUUCGAACAUCUUCUGGAAAUGAUUGGUCCAUCAAUAGCCAAAAGGGAAACAAACAUCCGUCAGCCAGUUUCACCUCAAACGAGGCUGGCUAUUACAUUACGGUAUCUGGCAACUGGAGAUUCAUACAGUUCUCUUUCAUACACAUUCAAAGUAUCAAAACAAUUGAUUAGCAAAAUCAUACCAGAUGUAUGUCAAGAACUAAUUAACUCACUAUCAGGAUAUGUCAAGCGACAGGUGUGA